AUGUGGGAGACAUGGUGCAAAGAUGUCAUUCGGCAGUUGUCCUCCAACGUUGAAUGGCUUCCGCUCUUGUGGGAACUGCGUGGAAUUGCGGACGGCGCAGAGGUGACACUUGAGCAGGUUGUCAUGUUGAACGCACGCCACGAGCUGGCUGCUUGGGAGCGGGUAAUGCGGAAUGACGAGGUGGGAAGGCCGGGCUGCUUGCGACCUAUGGAGGAUUUCUUCAUCCUUAGCGAGGAUCCAAAGCCGACCGAAGACUGCAAUAUCUUGUCAGAGUAUGCUGAUACGAGUACCAGCGCGUACUUUUCGGACGCAGUGACCAACAACCAUCCCGUUGUCGCACAGUCCUGGAACAUGCCGUCAACCCGAACUGUCGAGGAGCCCGAGAAGCGGGACAGAGACGUGGUCGUGCCAAAAGACCAUGCUGUCAUCUUGCUCAAGGUCACCCCGUGUCGGCAAGAUGGCCCGGCCGCCGUGCCUCAUUUCAUCGUCACUAAGCCCGGCGUACUCAUGAAGAGCGGCAUGAACCAGCACGGAUAUUCGGUAGUCGUGGACUCGGUCUUUUCGACGCGGGAUCGCGACCUGGCCCCGUCUGAUUUGCCAAUGACACUGCUUGCACGGAAAAUGCUCACGUCCUGCGUAUCCUUGGCCUGUACCACGAAUGUCCUGCAGAGAUAUCGAACUGGCUCAACCCACAGCCUUCUGCACGCCUGCCGUGGCCUUCGAUCACUAAACGACGACACCACAUCUGCGAGUAUCCUUGAGUUGCUGCCGCACACGCCGGAAGCCGGGUCCCUGAGGGGUCGUAGGGUCCUCCCUGACGCCAACCUCUCCUAUUGCUUGGUGCACACGAAUCACCUGAUCGCGCCGCAACUCGCCCCAUUUCAGCUCGAGGAGCUUGUAAAACGUGUGUCGUUGCCUGCUGGUCUAUUGGAGGUCGCGAAGCACUCGAAAAAGAACUUGCAGAGCAUGGCGCAGAUAGUGAGGCGGUACCUCGUGCAGUUGCUGACAAAGCGGUUUGUCAACUUUGUAUUCCGUGCAUGGGACUCUCCUGCUCGUUUCAACCGACUCCGACAGCUUAUCGAAUUUGGGGACCAUCCCAUCAAUCAAGAGAGCAUCCUGAAUAUCUUUUCCGAUCACAUUGGCGAAAUGUCGGUUUGCCAGCACACCAAGGCAGACAUGUUCAAGGAACUCUCGGAGGUUUCGGGCGAGCUUGAUAAGCCAUGGUCGAGACCUCAAGGCAACCAUACGGCAUGCCUUGUUACCUACCAUUUGGAAGAGCUGAAGAUUACCGUCUCCACGGGGCCGCCGUGCCAUGGCAAUCAUUUGGUUUUUCAGCUGCUGGACCCGUCACAUCUGGACGAGGUGCCAACGGUGGCCGCGGCUGUACCCGAAGACAGGAAAUUCAAAUGGCCUCAAAAGCCCAAGCAGACCAAACCACCUCAAAAGCACCAUCUACUUUCAGCAGUGGACCCGCCAAUACUCAGCAAGCGUCUGAUACUUGGGGAAGCCUCUAACCCCAAUACUCAGUUCAAGCUAAAUUGUGCCUCUUGGUGGGGUGUGCGUCGCAUGUCUCUUCAGAGGCAGAGGGCUCUGCGCGGCCGUAAGAGGGCGGCCGCCAUCUGCAGCGCGUGGAAUGACGAAUGGGAAAGACAGGGCGAAGUUCGGGUUCAGCCUGAGCGCCCGGUGUUUGGGCCCGAGACCAAAGCAUGUUAUGAGAAGAGGAAGCGCCGAUUUGAGCAAGAAUACAGAAGACUGUGUGGUUUUUGGCUGCUGAAAGCGAGGUGGCAAACCCCGAGCCGCCCGGACGACAAGAUUGUAGGCGACCGCAGCUGGCCCGACCACGAAGUCAUUGGCACGCCGCCGCGAGCAGAGGGGGCAGAAAAAAGCCGUAGCCCACGGACCGAUGAAGAAGAAGCCGAGAUGGUCAAUCAUUUUGUGGAAACCAGAGCUCGCUUUUUCGACUCGGCCGCUGCCAGAUUCGGGACCAUGAACUGGGAUCGGUGGAAAUUGGCAAACGGGCUGAUGCCCAGGGGCUCUUCGAUGCUGCGGAACGUGGAAACUUGGACGGACAUUGACAAUGACGUUCUCGAGACCACGGUUGUUGUGCGAAACAACCACUGUCUCCUCAACGGGACAGAUUACGCAGCUGAGCGGGCUUUUGCCGUCAGGUAUGACGAGAGAACGGGGCACAGGCACUACAUGAGGUGGGGACUCAAAUGGCUGCGCGACAUUGCACCGCCUCGUGUGAUUGAUGAGAGGGACACGCAGCGCGCAAAGUUUCUGGCGAGGAAGAGAAAGCAUCAGAUGCGGUGGCAGGAGAAACAGGAACCGCCGAAGGGGGCAAGAGCGCGGAGGGAGAGAUUGGAAAAAGAAGCGGCGGAGGAGAAGGCGAGGGAGGAGGGGAAGGAGAGGGCGAGGAAGCGGGCGAUGUACCAGGAGAGAUGGAAAGAACAAGCAGAGGAGAAAAAGAGGAGGGAAGAAGAGGCGAAGAGGUAUCCCCCCUGGACGACUGUUUCUGUCGGGAGGAAGGAUAAAAAGCGGGUGAGAAAGAGGACGGUGAAGUACAGCAAGUGA